UUGCUCACUCAAUGUGGCUGGUAAUUUCCCUUCGCGACUCUGUUCCCCCUCUCGAUUAAGCAGCUGAGGUUUUUCAUCAUUGUGCUUGUUUACUGCUCGUGGGGAUGCCUCCAUCUUUAGUUUACCGGGAAAGAUGAGGUGACAACAGCGAUAUGUCUUCUAUCAGCUCCCCGAAGUCUUCCCCAUUCUGCAAAAUUGGCCUCUGCUCCCGCCACAAGCCUCUAAAGGUCAUGGUUCUUGGCCAGUGUGGUGUUGGUAAGACUGCUCUCGUUGUCCGCUUCAUCACCAGACGUUACAUCGGAGAGUACGAUCCUACGCUAGAGAAGGUCUACACAUUCCACACUGUCAUGGACAACGAGAUGGUGUACUUCGAGAUCCUGGAUACUGCCGGCCAGCCUCAUGAGAGUGAGUGUCUGACUCUGGAGGCCAACAUCCGGUGGGCGGAGGCAUUCAUCUUGAUGUACUCCGUUACGGACAAGUGUUCCUUCGACGAGUGCAACCGUCUCAAGUUCCUCAUCAACUAUAACAAGCGCAAGCGGCGUCUCAACAGCUCAAAGGAAAGUGUGACUGAUGUCCCAGUAGUACUGGUUGGGAACAAGGUCGACCAGUGGGGAGACAGAAUGGUGUCGCUGGAGGAUGGACAGAGGAGGAGCAAGGAGAUCGGAUGUGUCUGUUUCCACGAAAUUUCAGUCAGAGAAAGUAUUGAACAAGUGUGGGCAGUGUUUAGAGACGUGUGCCAAUUCUGGAAGGUACACACAAAGUUCCCCAAACUGAAGCGAUCUACGAGUGAGAUCCACAGCCCAGACACUCCACCAGCUCCAGUCACAUCGGCAUCUGCCAACGGCAAGCCUUCUCUUUCCAUGAUCCUAGGCCGCCGAUGGACAGAAGUAGAGUUGGAUGAGGAAGAAGAGACGAGUCCAGGAUCUCCUUCACCGAUACCGGAGACCGAGCAGCUGCCGCCGUUCAGAGGUCGAGCCUCAACAGACGGACACCUUCUAUCCCGUCCCCGACGUUGGAGGUACCCACCACCCCCGGUCACCACCCCCAGCACACGCCAGGCUGACCGACGCAUGAGCAUCUCCAUGCGUGGCAACAACGCUAGCUGCUGAUCUCCCUGUCCAUGCAUUUUUAUAUAUAAGUUCCAUGGUUAAUAUAAGUCGGUUGUUAAUUCGAAAGAUUUUGUUCGGAUGUCUAUUAGAGAUUAUAGUCAGAUAAACGCAUUGUUAAUGAGAAAGAUCUAUUUAACUUAAGACUCUCAUGUGAAUAGAUAACAUAGGUAUAUUGCUCAACAUCCCUGUAAUUCAAUCAUUGGAAUUCUAUAUCAACUGUAUUCACCAUGCAGUUAUUAUAUUGUACAGUUUUCUGGGUGAAGUAGGAGCUUUUAACCGCUGUUGGUCAGCCUUGAUUUAAACUUAAUAGUACGCAGUACUAACGCGCAUAAUAGAUUUUAUCCCUAAAGAUUUUAUUAGAAAAUACACCUUGUAUUUAGUAUACCAAUGGACCAUGACUUUACAUUUCAUGGGCGUUUGAGUCAUUUUGAGUAUUUUUAUGACAAAUUAUUACAAUUACUAAUAAAAUAAUAAUUGUACAAUAGUAGUAAAAACUUUACUACUUUGUUAAAUGAGAAAUGAUACUAUCGUUGAGGAAAACUUAUAAGGAGUUGGGUGUGUAUAAAUUAUAUAUUUAAAAUCAAUAAGAUAUAAAAUGUUACGACGCAAAAUCUAAAUCAUUACAGCGAACGCUAGAGAAUAGAGCCACUAUUUUUAUAAGCUCAAACUGUUUUCUCAGAACUUUUUUACAAAUCUCAUUGUGGUUGACUGUGGUUUCCUUUAGAUCUAUUUUAGUUUAUUGUUUCUUGUGUUUCCUUUGUGGUUCUUACUGUGUGUACUGAAAAGUACAUAUUGAGUUAGAGUUAGAUCAACACUACCUUAACAUGACAGUAGAACAUGGGAGUAGAAAACGAAUGAACACACUAAUGUAAAUUUAAUGUCCUUAGAAUCUAUUUAUCCUUAAUCAGUUCAUAGAUUUAUUCCUGUUUUGAUAAGUAAAUUUUUAGUAAAAAAUCGUUAAAUUCUUGUCAGUGAUAACAUAAAUUACAGGCAUUAAACCCAAGAAAUAUAACUACCUUAAACAAAAUAGAAUAUGAUAAUAAAUGCCUAUGCUCUAUUGAACAGGAAGUUUAAGCAUUGUCCAGUUCGAAAUAAAAUAACGUGGUUAUGAAUAUUUAAAAGUAUAUCAAAUUUUAAACUUUGCCAUGCCACUCAAGAUUAUUCUUAUACCUACGUGUCGAGUUGUAAAUAAACAUAAAUUUAAUUCUAAUCUUAUGAUAUAAUGUUCGUGUAAUUUAUUUACUUAAUCAUUGCGAUUUGUGUAUUACUUGUACAAUAGUAUUUGUAGAUUUCUCUAUGCAGUGCUACUUUAUGUCACAAUCAAAUGUACGCACAAGGUAAAGAAUGCGUCUUUGUUGUAUUGUAUCAAUGAUUAAGUUUAUUUUGACCGCCUCAGCUUCAAUAUUUUUUAAACAUUUAUUUAUGUUUUAUUGGAGUCCAGAAAAAGAUUUCAUGGGCCAAUUCUAUAGCCUGGGCAGGAGGACUAUCAAAGAAACGACUUUAUUGAUAAAGCAGCAGCCAGUGUCCAAACUGAAAAAAGCUCAUCAAGUCGGAUCGUGACAUUUUGAAGAAUUUAUGAUACUGUAAUUUUAGAUCUCUCAGACAUUCGUGAUCAGAAUGUUUACAAUUUUGAUCUGUUACUGACUGAUAUCAAUUCGAGGGAUGUUUAUCGUCCGUCUCCAUCUGUGACGGAAGGUGCUGCCGUACUCCCCAUUAGCUGCGAUGCUGGAGGCAUUAAUCUCAGCCCUUGAAGACAUUCCCUCCUUUAAUUCUUUUAUGCUGCUUUCACAUUCUUUAUAGAAUGUUUUCAAAUUUUUUAUUCACUAAUGAUACGAAGUUGAAGAAAUAACUCACUACAUUUAGUCCUAAAAGAACAUUUACUCUUGAUCCGGUGUGACAGGAUAUUCAGGAAGGUUAUGUUGGGGGUGGGAGCCGCCUCGUACCAAGAUCCCACGAGGAAGAAUGACCUGUACUAGUACUAUCUCAUUCAUGUCAGAGAAAAUAUUCCAUCAUAUGUAGGCUAAAGCCCCACUCACCGCAACAGCCGACUUUCGAAAUCGAUCAGCCCUUCUUACCCAAUAUAUCGACAUUUGCUGUUAGUGAUGUGCCGCUCCUGAACAUUCAUUCGAUUUCCCAGAUUUAAGUUACCCAUCCGGUUUUGGUGUAUCCCAUAUAAGUUCUACAUUUAGGUAAAUUUUCAUUAAAAAAAACGAUUUCUCUAUUUUUGAACCUGCCCGAGCUAAAGUAUUGAUAAUACAAUUUUAUAAUGUACUCAAACAAUAUAAUUUUAUAUUGAGGCUUCGGCAGUCAAAAUUAACGUUCAUCCUAUCAGUUUCUUGUAUAUGUAUGUGUUGAUACAUUGAAUAAAAACUGUAGUUACAUGUAUGUAAUAAUUGCAACAGGAAUUGUUAUUUAAAUUCAUCGGUAAACGAAAAAGAUUAAUUGCUUAGUACAUAAUAGAAAUUGCUGGAAAUUGAACAGCCGUAAACAUUUAACUGAAGAUUAUAGGUACCAUUCUGUUCUGUUUACGAAACACUUUGUAAGCGCUGAACCAUACACAUGUAUCUCCACAUAAACCGAAUAUUACAGUGUUAAAUGUCAUAUGAUUGUAAUAUUUUCUGUUAAUGCAUCACAUACAAUAAUCUAUAGUUGUUGGUCGGUGUUACGUUAUGCAUAGAAAACUAAUUGUGAUUAUAACAUUCCUAUUUGCUUUGUAAGUAGAACUUAGUUUGUCUUUAUUAGCUUUUUAAGCAGCCGCCAAGUUAUCCCGAGCGCCAGUGUGUGUUUUAAAUGUAUUGCAAGGCCUAAUUUAUUUUGUAUAGCAACUUUUCAUUGAAUCAGCAGUGUGUUUUAGAACCAGGCUUAGAUCUAGAUGUUAUUCGUUUAUACAUAAGUAUAGUUGUCAACAUUAUCACAUUAUUUAAGUAGGUUGUAAAUUAUCUAUGUAAAUCAUAAGGCCUAAAACUACGUGUGUGGUAAUUAUAAAAAUUGCAUAUCUUUCAUUACAUAUUACAUAAAGUCAUAUUGGCAUAUGUAUAUUUUAUAUUAAUUGUUUACUGUUAUAUAUAUACAACACCAAACGCAGCUUUACACAUAAAAGUCUAUUGGGUAGGAAUUAAAUGUAGCUAUAGGAAAUGUUAGUUAAUACCACAUUCAUAAAAAAGGUGCUAGUAACCGAAUAACACAGGAAAUAUCAGAGAUCUCGUAUUUUUUGUUAUGAAACAAAAAUUAAAAUAAUAUCCUAUGGUUUUGGAGUGAUAAAGACUGAACUAGGUCUUUCUGUUUAUCGCUCGAGGAUGUUACACUAGAACACAUUAGGCAUGCCCUCGUACCUUAUCCGUCCUGAAUAUUAUGUCAUUCUGGACGAAGCGCAAAUGAUCUCUUAGGACUAAAAGCAAUGAGAUGAUGUGUCAUGUCACCUUGGUAGAAGCAGAGGCUAACUCUGUUCAACCCUUCUCCAGUGACUAAUAGGGGAUAGUAUUCCCUCAUUUCCAGGCUUGCAAUAACAUUUAACACUAAGGGAGCUCCACCCACACCGACAGUCGUCUCCGCUAUCAUAUAUAAUAAUUUAACCCCAACAUCUUGAUGUGCGGCUCCUGGACAUCUAUGGAGACAUAAAUGUAAGUGACGCAUCGCUGUUGCCGUACCCAGUGUAAGUUCAACUGGAAGGUAAACCAGCCGCACUUGAAUACUGGGGAAUAAAAGCACUCAUGAUAGUAAAAAAUUAACAAACAGGUGGUCUCAAAAUGAACAACCUCAAAGCAGAUUUUUUAUAAGUGUAUUUAUAAUGUCUACCAAAAUGUGCGGAUUCCCUCCCAUAUUAUCAUUUUAUGGCUCACUUAGGACAGUAAAUGACCACAUAGUACAGCCACUUCCACAGUAGCGUUGGUCUCAUUACAAAAAACUACUUUAUAAUAAGCCCUUUGUAGUGUACUAGGUGUCCUGAUUUUUUAUUCAAUAUGCAGAAAUCUAGUACUCGCUGUGAAGAAGAAGCUGGGCCAGGCUUUGCAGUUAUAACAUUGCUGGCCAAUUUCUUACUCCAGAAUCAUAAAAAAAGAAAUGUACUCAAUAUCAUUAUUAUUAUUACUCACUUUAAACUUUGCUGUUUGCUGCAAGUAAACUGCAAUCAGCCAUGUGCUACUACAUUCAAGGUGCAAUUUUAUGGGGGUUCUCAGAAUUAUUACAAUAGUGUCAUUAGGCUGGUAGAACUUGAUAAAAUAUAUUCAAUGUUUAUACAGAUACAGAUAUUAUUGAAAAUAUGUUUAUUACUAAUUUAUAUACUGCGCACUUUAAAAUAAAGCAUAUUUUUAUUAAGUGUUAAUUAUUUUAAAUAAAACAUGUACAAUUGUAUUAGUUCUAUCAACAUGAGUUAUUCUAGAUGGUCGAUCUAGCCCGGGACAGUUUACCAGGGCUGGUUAUGACCCCAAAUGAUUGUUUAUUAGCUCUCUAAAGUCCCAUGCUUACUUAACCCGAGAUUCGAACCUGAACCUCUAGGUUUAGGCCUAUAAUCUGAGGCUCAGCGCCUAGAGACGACAACCAUAAAAGAGUAAUCAAUAUCGUUGUGCUUCUAGUCCAUCGAGAUACUUAACAGACAGUCUACUUGAACAGAAACGCAAUAAAGCGAAAGGGUGAAUCUAAUCCAUGCUACACAAGAUUAGUAUUUUCAAAAUUAUUUCACACAAACACUUUUUCUGAAAUCAAAUUUCAAAUAUUUUCUGAAUUGAUGUGCUAUUAAAGGAUAUAAAUUUUCUUUGAAAAAUGUAGGCUCUAAAUAUGUAUUUUAAACAAAUAUAACCAAGUCCUUACAAUUCUCUCUGUUUCUUUUAAAUAAAUGACCAUGAAAAUGCAUAUUAGAAAAUGCUCGUUUUGAUUUUUCUCUCUUAUAACUCAAGCCAUUAUACUUAUACUAUUUCGUUUAUAACUAAAAAUUAAGAAUUUAAAUUAUAUCAAAUAUGCAAUUUUAUAUACAAUGAAACUAAUGCAUCCAAAAGGUAGCGGUUUGUGGGGCGUUAUUGGCCAUUACUUUUUUGAAAAUUCCCGUUGCGAUGCAGUUACAGUCAAAUGAAAACGUUAUUGGGAGGUGAUAAGCGGUUAUUUUGGCAGGAGUUAGGUGGAAUAACGAUUCGAACGACUUGUGGUUUCAAAAACACGGCGGAUACACUUUGGGAUACAGCUCGAGAAACCGCGCAUUUGUUGCACACAAAGUUUCACGGCCAUUUAAUCUCUCAUUUCGAUAAUCAACAUUGUCCAGUAAGAUCACGUGACCUCGCAUUACUGAAUUAUUUCGUUUGGUUACUUGAUGCAGAAGGUCUACGCAAAAAAGUCCAACUCAAUUCCGGAGCUAAAGGAUUUUAUCAAUUAAACUCCACAACAACUAAACAAGAAAGUACGGAAAAUUUCAUGAAAAAGGCUGAAGUCUUACGUUGCACGUGGCGGUCAUUUGAAGGAUAUUAUUUUUCAUAUUUAAUGUCAAUCUCUGAGAAAUUUGUAUAAAUAAUAUUAUAACAAAUAAGUAAAAUACAACGCUUAUUCUUUGAAUUUCAAAUUGUAAACUCUCAAGUGAAUCACCCAUUAUAAAUAAGUCCGAAUAAAAAAUUAAUGCAUAAAAGACUGUUCAAUCUAUUAAAGAUUCCAUAGUUUACUUUCAAGAUUGUGAAAGGACGCCAAACUUAGAUGAAAUAACAAAAAACCACAUAUAAACAAUAUCAUAAAUGGACACUCCGUAGUUGCGAGGUUGUGACUUUUUAAGCGAGUGUUCUUGUAAUGCUUCUUACGCGUGAAUGUUUCUUGUUGUACGUUAAAUCUGUUGAUAGCACAAUAGGUGUUUCGCUGUUUCUUUAAAUAUAAAUUGCUAGCUGUCAAUGUAGUAAGUACCUAGUUGUUACAAGAAUUAAAGGCUCCUGCCAAACGUCACGUGGGUAGCUGAUUUUCUACACAUCAGUCGUCAGUGAAACGUGCCUGUAAAAACACGAUAGUGCCGUAAUGCUGUGGGAGAAUGGUAAAUCAUGUAUACUUUGGAAAAUAUACUCUACAGUAGAAUCCGGUUCAGUGUACUACAAACAGUUCACCGUCAGUCUGAACGGACAAAAUUCACGGGCUUUUUUGCAAAAUAAAAUAAAAACUCUGUGCUGAAGUAGUUCGUAUACUCUUUUAUUUUGUUUCGAGGAUUUAUAUAUAUCCUAUUCGUCAGGUGAGACAAUUAGUACAUAUACAUGUACUUAAAAUCUACAACCUGCAUCAAUGGACUGUCACUAAAAAGAGAUUGAAAAAGAGGUAUAAAUUAAACAUACUUGAAAACUACGUGGAGUCCAGACAUGAUAUUAGCGAACUCAGGCGUUGUCACUGCACAGGGCGCAAGUCAGAGCAUGAUAAGUCAAGAGCACAAACACAAGUCACAAUAUCAAAGGUGAAACUAGAACACUAAAGAGUCAAUUUACGCAUUAAAGCUGGGACACAAAUUUGCAGAACCAUUAAAAGAAGGAAAGUAAAAAAAUAAACGUACAAAGUUAAUUAUCGAACUAGAACUUGAAACUUUUAUAAUGCCUGGGAUACUUUAUAAUCUGCUUUUAAGUGAGUGUAACAUAGUAAUUAUAUCAUAGGUAUGGGGUUUUAACAAAGGUUUUCAUUAGAUUAAAAAAAAUGUAACAUAUCACAUUAUAAACGUUGAAAUCCUCAAACAAAACACAACAUUGUAAAGUUAAAAGUGGGAAUUGUAUCUCUGAUAUUUAAAUGAAUGAAUAAGUAGGCAUCGAGCUAUAAACUUGUUGUAGAUAACUUAAAAUUACACACCACAUAUUAAAAGCUAUUAAUAAAAUAAUUUGAUAUGUAAUAAAGUUAAAAAUUAUUUUUAAUAAAUAUUUCAUAUACAUGUUCAGAUUAAUAUAAAGAAUCAUAAAACUUUGAUAACAUAUACCACAGUAAGAAUAUUAUAUUAGAUAUACAAUAAAAUGAAAAUGUACAACAGGUAAGUAAAAUGAGUGUAAUGGUUUUGUGUAUAUAACUAAUGCUAUAGUUAAUGUAAAUAAAUAUUGUAUAACCGUU